UGAUAUAGAAAAAAUCUAGUUAAUUCAUUGAGCACAAGGAACCAUCAGGUAUAACAACCCAGAAAUUAUCGUUCAAAAAUCACAAAAAUGGCGUGCAGGAGCAGGACUGUGUUGCUCUGCGUCUUCGCAACAGAGCCAUAUACGCCUUUGUAUCAAAACCGCGCCCUCAUUUCUCUUCCAUUAACGACCGUUGGAUUUUCUUCCCAAGUUAGUUGUAGUUACACAAAUUAUGGAACAAUUACGGCUACAAAUUUUCACUUUGCACGACGAACUCAACUUUGUUGCUCGCGUAACGACAACCAAUCAUCAGCUCAGGACGGACAGGAACAAGGUCCGCCUCAAGAAGCCGUCCUUAAAGCCAUUUCAGAGGUUUCGAAGACAGAAGGUCGGGUUGGACAGACCACAAAUGUUGUUAUUGGAGGUACCGUAACCGAUGAUUCUACUGAUGAGUGGGUGGCCUUGGAUCAGAAGGUCAACUCAUACCCCACGGUUAGAGGAUUUACGGCAAUUGGAACUGGCGGCGACGACUUUGUGCAAUCUAUGGUUGUUGCUAUUGAAUCUGUCAUUCAGAAGCCUAUACCUGAGGGCCGGGUGAGGCAAAAAUUAUCAUCAAGGGGCAAAUACGUAUCUGUCAACAUUGGUCCUAUUCAAGUCAGUUCCAGUGAGCAGGAUGGACCGAAUCUGCCCCUAAACAUGGAUGCGAAACUGUUAUACACAUCUGAUUGAUUGACUUGCCCGUUAAAUUUUUUAUGGUAAAAAUUUUCCUUCUUGUGAGUAAUUCUCCACUUGAAGCCUUCAUUAUUUCUUCCCACCCAUUUUUUUUUAAUGAUUUUCCACAUUUGUGACGCAUGCAUACACGCACACGGGUUAGGUGAUGCGACUGCAAGAGCGGCGUGGGACCUCAGAGUCUCAGACCAUGACCGUAGCUUCGGGUUGGGUCAUCCAUGACUGUGAGUGAAAAAUUAUGCUCUUAAUUAUUGUAUAAUUCUGUAUGGAAGUAGCGGGAGCCAUCGAGCAUGCUGUUUUUUAUAAGCAAUGCCAAUACGUCAUGGGCUGACUAAAUGACCAGUCCUUCUCCUACGAGAAAGAUUCCCAAUUUUUCAUGUCAAUUUGAUGCUGCUCUUAGUAUGUAUGUACGUACUAUUGCUCAGCCAGUCACCAUCUGCUCGUAAUUUUAUAUAUUAGUUGACGAUUUGGUGCACAGCAUCUCCAGUCACAGUUGCGAUUAUUGUUUAUUUCUGCAAUUUUCCAAUUACUGACGAAAUACAUGUAUUUUU